AUGGCGGCUCUGCGGCUGACGCCGCUGGCGUCCGUCGACGGCCGGCGAGUCCCCCUCCUCUCUUCUCGGAGCGCGAUUCCCCCCGCAGCCGCCUCCUCCAUAUCCCCUUCUCCUCCUCUUCGUUUCGCUGCUAGGAUCCGUCAACGCCGGAGCUGGCCUGGCCCGGCGGCUGUCGGGAAGGAGGGGACUGUGGAGGUGCAGGCCUCCGAGGGAGAGGGACAGGAGCGGGUGCAGCAGCAGGAUGCGAGCCCUGAAGAUUUGGAGUACGUUGGGCAGAUUAAAAAUGCAAGUGCUGCGCGCUCCUCUCCCUCACUCUCGAUCCGCCUGAUUUGUCUCGUCAUGUGUUUGCCUUUAAAGCAGUUGGUUACCUUUGUCGUAUGUCGUCAGUUUCCUUCCUGUUGGCAUUAGAUGACGAGUUCCUGACUUUCGUUCUCCGACUUUGCCCGUGAAAUGGUUGAUUUCAGGUCCUGGAGCUUCUCAAGAAGAACAGGGACAUGAUCUUUGGCGAGGUGAACACAGUCUUUCUGCCCUAAUGGCCUCCCAUAUGUUGAUUCCUGCUUGACGCAUGAGUUAUUUGGUUUGCUCCCGUGUGCUGAAGAGGUGCGAAUAUAUGAUUUCGUCGGAAAUGAACUCUGCAAGUGACAGUGAAAACAAUGGACGCUAGCGUAGAUGCAUGGAAGGUGUCAAGUAGUACUCUGUGCAGUGGAGCUUGAGUUCUCUCCCUGCCCAUUUUCAUGUCGGGUACUGAUGUACGAUGGAAGCUUCAUACAUUGGCGGAAAUAAGUCUAUACGAUGGAUCGGUUGGAUUCCAUUCUCCCAGAGCUUUGGAAAGGGGUCAAACAAACAAACCAGGAAGACAUGAGCUCUAGAGUUGCUGCUGCCAUGCUUUCUUCCUAUAACUCUUUGUUGUAGAACACCAUGCUUGGAAUCAUUAAGGGGCUAUAAAUUCCAAAAUUUUCAUCAGACAUCUAUUGCCGUCACCAAUUAAAUCACGUUGCAGAUCUUGAGAAAGAUAGCUUGUUUUAGAAUUCCUGCAACUCUUUGUUGUAGAACACCAUGCUUGGGAUCAUUAAGGGGCUAUAUAUUCCAAAAAUUUCUACAGACAUCUAUUGCCCUCCCCAAUUAAAUCUCGUUGCAGAUCUUGAGAAAGAUAGCUUGUUAUAGAAUUCCUGUAACUCUUUGUUGGAGAACACCAUGCUUGGAAUCAUUAAGGGGCUAUAUAUUCCAAAACUUUCUACAGACAUCUAUUGCCCUCCCCAAUUAAAUCUCGUUGCUUUAAAUUGUGCAGGGUUUCAACUAUCAAGGGAUCAUACGUCCUAAAGUUAUUGUUAGAUGCCUAAUGCCGUUGAAAAUUUUGUAGUGAAUUAUAAAAGCUGGGAUAGUAUUUCUUUCCUAGGAUAAGAAUCAAGCUUUAGAUUCCCGCAGGUUGGUAAUCUAUACAGAUCGUUAGCACUGAAAGUAGACUGAGAAAUGAAAGUAUGACCCUAUUUCAGGAUGACGAUUAUUAUGGGACUUCAGUUUAUGAAGAAAUUUUUUGUUUGCUAUUCGGAACACAACACCACUAGUUUUAUAACGCAAUUGAGGGGGCUGGUGUCCGAGAUUCCGAGGAAACUUUUUGAAAGCAGGAGAUUAGGCAUGUAGACGGCCUACUCUUCCUACAGCAGAUCAAUCAAUCUCAUGCGGAUUCAUGGAAAUGGAAAAGAAGGGAAAAAGGGAUAUUCACGAUCAAGUGAGAGAUGAUCAUAUCGUUGUAGAUACGAACACUAGGCACCACAUGGGAUCUAGUGUCUGAAUAUCUCCAUUAUAUUGACGAUGGAGAUAUCGAUGUGAAUGGUUUCCUAUGGAUGAUUUUUAGAUACUGUUGAUUAAUAUUUAUAAUGGAUUACAGCUAGAUCUCCUUCACCCUAUGUAAGAUGGAGGAAUCCUUGGAUCACUUGAUCUUUGGUGCUUAUUCUAGUGCGAGAUUUGAUAUGGAAUUAUUUAUUCCUUAUGCCUGUCAUACAAUGACUUCUCCUUGGUCGAAUGAAUGAGCUGGGAGCAGCUUGAGAAUGGAAGUAAGUAUUAAAAGGGUGCCAUGUAGGAUGGUGACCUAUCCUUCACAUGAUCCUCUGAUUAUGCCUUGAUUACGGAAUAAUGGUCGAAGAGGAUCCCUUUUCCUGUUUUGUCCUUGUAUUUCAGAUAUUAGUCAGAUCCUUCUUUCGCAUCAAAUAGGGUUUAGAUGAGUUAAAACGGAGAGAAAGCUAAACUGGACCAAAAAAGAUGGAUUGAAAAAUCAGACCAGAGAGCGGGCACCUCAUGUUCUGAUGCUUACAUCUUCUACCCGUACGCUUAUGUCUAGACCCCUUUAACUUUUGCUGUUUGUUUCAUAUUCUUAGAGUAAGUGCCUUAAGCCUUUGUUUUCACAUGUGGGCGUAUGGUUUAUCUAGUAAAUCUAUUUCUGGUAAUUAUAAGCUUAUAUUUCAUUCUGAAGGCUUAUGUUUAUCUUUUAAAUUUAUUUCAUGGCAGGACCUUAUUGAUUAAUAAUUUCCCCCAUUUGUUUAAAUCUAGAGACCUACUAACAUCAACUUAAUUUAGGAGUUUUAACAUUAUAAUUUGCCCAGAAUCUUCUGAUUCAUCCCUUAAGUAAGCUUUUAUUUUAUCAUAAACUUAUCUCUUGUCUGCAUAAGAUUAUAGUUUCCCUCGAAGCUUAUAUCUUGCUCUGUAAACUUAUCUUUCUGUAAACUUAUCUCGGGGCAGUGCCACACCCCAUAAGGUAAUAUUUUCCCUGUACUUCAGAUCAGGAGACCCCCCUUUAAGCUUAUAUUAGAGUCACUAUUAGCUUAAAUUUGGAGCACUGAGCUUACACUUGGUUCUGUCUAACAAUAGCGGGGAUAAACUAAGAUAAAGGGUCCAGCAUGAACUUGGACGAUUUAUCUGGUUUUGUAAUGAAACGAGCUCUUGAAGUAAAUAUGGAAUCUGAGGAAUUCUAUCUCGUUGGGGCAACAGAGUUUUUCAAUAGUGUACAAGGAGAGGAAAACAGGAAAUCAGAUAGAGAAGAGAAGGGAGCUAGAUCAGGCUUCACAAGUCUAAACAGCGAUUCUGAAAGCCUAAACACAAGCUUGAAAAGCAGAACAACAAUGGCUUUCCCCUGAGAUAUUCCAAACCACACUUGUUGAAUCAAAAGACAAGAGCACACUUUGGAGAGGUUGCAAAUAACAAACAAACCCUAACUUUUAAGGGGAGAAAUAUUUUUCUAUCUACUUUUUAAUUUUUUCAAUAACUGGUAGGAUUUUUUUAAUGAAAUCAUGUUAAUCUAUCAAACUACAGUCCUUACAGCUAACACUAACGUAUAUAAAUUUUGACUUACAAGACAGCACAAGGCAGUAAAAUUUGUCUGGGUGACAGUGGUCUCCCCCCACAGUAAUGGCGACUUCCUUUAGUGUUGCGAUAUAUUUGCAUGUAAUGACCUACGAGCAAAGAAAGAAAUAAUAUAUCUAGAAAGCAAACCAUGACAUGUGAGACCGGUAAAUGAAUUAAAAAGGUGUUAGAAUACGAGAAUAACUCAUCAUAAACAGAUGUCCAUCAACCUACAAAGUAGGUGAAGAGAAAGCAGCAUGGUCGAGCGUCAAAUGUAUCAUUUGGAAAUUAUUCAUAGUAACUGGGCUCCACCAUCUUGGACGUUCGUGGUAGACUGAUUUGAAAUUAUGUGCUGCUUCAGAUCAUGUUAGUUCGUCCCAUUGAAGUCUCCAUCGUCACUGGUGGAACAGAAUAUCAGUUUCGUUUUAAUUCCAACAUUUCUGAUUUUUUCUGUCAUUGAUGGGCCUAAGAUGAGUACUCUUAGAUCGCUGUUCCUUUUUUGAUGGUUUCAGGUAAAGUUAACAUUGAUGAUUGAAGAUCCUAGAGAACUUGAACGUAAAAGAUUGCUUGGAAUAGAUACCGACGAGGUGACCAGGGAUGACUUGGUUUCUGCCUUGGUAGAUGUAUGCCCCUCAUCUUUUGUGAUAUACUACUUCAGUCUCAUGUUUCAGUAAGGCAUACACAUAUGGACAUCUCACACCUAGCAUGAAAUGAAACUGAUUUUCUCCUCAAGUUAUCAUUACAAGAAUCUUCCUUUGUCAUUUGACUGUCUUCAAUCACUUCAUGAGAGCAUGCAAACUUGGAUCUGUUUUUUCUCUGCUAAAUGAAUCUACGUGUCUAUGUUCUGUUCUACCCUGACAUCCAAACAUGAUGUCAGACACGACUGUGGCUAGUAGACAAAAUCAACUUCAUUUCCAGGAAUGGAAAAACAAAACUAAUUCGAUAGUCUCUAUUCCUUGGUAAUCGAAGCCCAAGGAUCUAUGAACGAGCUUAUGCUUGACUAGCCAAGCAGAUAAUGACUCUGCAUCUUCUUGAUCUCUCUCACAUUUGUAUUUGUAUAAGUAUUUCAUAUUUACAAUGAAAUUACUUCUUUAUACAGUCCUCUGUUUGAGAUUUUGCAGCCUAAUUUUCGCCAAAAUAUUCCAUUUUAUCAUGAGCAAAGAUUACUAUUGCCAUCUUCCACACAGUUCACAUAUUCGCUUAUAAACCCAGAUGUCGAGUGCCAUUAGCGUACACAGAAAACCAACUUUUGUCACACUUGCCUAAAGUUGAGUAACAUGGGAAAGUGAGGAACUAAAAUGCGAGCUAAUAAAUUGCAAGCACAUAAUCUAUACAAGUGCAAUUCAAAUGUCUGAAAUUUUUUUGAAUAAAAAAUAAUUCAAAAUUUCAGGAUAUAGAUUAGUGCAUCUUAUAGUAAGUAGUGGUUUAUUCUCCCUUUGCCUGAAAAGUAUAUCAAAUGCAAAAAUCAAAUAAAUACUAGCUAAUGUAUUUAUUUUGGCCUCUCAUUCAUUCCAUGCCAUGAAAUUUAUCAUUGGCUAAAAAUUUACAUGGUUUUGUCGCGUUGGUUUUUAAUUGCAUAAAGCCCACUCAGAAAGGUGACAUUUCUAGGAAGAAUGAUACUUUAUGACCGGAAAUAAGGGGCUUGUUGAGAAUUGAUCUUGAUUGAGAUUCUUGCAACUUGGAGAAUGAAAGGAGUUGAUCCUCACGAUCCUCCACUUCCAGGAAGAUGAAUCAGUCACCACUUCUUAGAGCAGAGUUUCCACAAUCCCAAAAUCUCGCAUCAAUUAUCUUGGUUUCCCGCUUAAAUACAGGUUACAUGAGUUAAUGGGCCAAGCCCAUUACAUUAGACUUUAAGUGGAUCCAUUAACAGUCUAAUGGAUCCACUUAAUAUAGGGAAUGACAGAGAAGGACGAAAAUACAGUGAAAAGAAACAGAUGGAAAGGAAAAACAAUCCAAGAGAGUUCAACAGGGCUUGUUGAGCCUGCCACUAGCUUGUUGCCAUCCAGUGAUUUUGCUUCUAAUCAAUGUUGGGCUUCAAUUUUUUUCUGCCAUUAGCCUGCCACUAGAUUGUACGAUGAUGGGAUUCAAAUAUUAUUUUUUCCCUUGUAAACCUGAUAUGUGAUCUUGAAGUUGAUGGAGGAUUAUGAGUCUCCUUACAUGGAUUCGAGGCCCUUCAUUGCAAGAUCCAUUUGUUAAAUUUAUUGAUUUUUAGUGUUUUUGUCUUCCCCUUUUUUCUCUCCUUAUUUUCAAUCUUUUUCAUAUACAUUCGGUGCAGGGGGGGUUACCUCCCAGAAGGAAAACGACAAGCCUUGUUAAAUGGUUUCAUAUGGACAUUUGGGAGCCUUCUCUAAUUAUUAACCUUUCCAUCGUACUAAUGAUGUAUAAAAUCUAUGAGGAUUCCUCCAUCAAUGAACAUGGAUAUGCUGUGGAGUUGUGUUAUCUGAAAACCUGUCGCAGUAGAGUUCUAUAGUCUUUCAAUCUUUUUGAAAAGUGUGGAAAAAAAUGUAAAAGUUUAAAGAUAUCUGGGAACCAUUGAAACCCAAUAAAGCUUCCUCACCCUGGUUUGCUAUCUUGAUGCAAUUACAUCUGUGAUUUCUGGGAUGUGUCUGUCUAAAUAGCAGAACUCCUGAUGCUAUGCUGCUCUUUAUUAGGUGAACGAGGGACGAGUUCCUGAGAAUCGUCUUGCUCUGAGACUACUUGCCGAGGAGAUGCUACAAUGGCCCAAUCUUGAGGUAUUUUUAGCAGCCACAAAGUACGGUCGAAUUAUGCUCCUAGCAUUUUAACUAAAUAAUUCACAUACAUUAUGGCUUCCAUGUUUCAUUUUUCAUCUUCUUCUCCAUGUCCUCAUUAUGGAUCAGAUUGCCACCCAAAAUUCCACUGCAAAUUCCAGUUUCCAUUAUGGGAAAAGGCAGGAACGUAGAAAAUGUUGCAUCUUUUUUUUUUUUUACCUUCUGGUUCAUCAUCUGAUUUAGUACAUUGCGUUCCAUGAGAGAGAUUUUCUUGCAGAUUCUCCUACUUCCCACGAGGGUCUUUUAAAAAAAAAGAGCUUUUUUGACGGGCCCUUGUAAAUCUAGUAAUGAGAGGCAGCCGUAGAAAUCAUUCAAGCUCCUCCGCCAGGCCCACUAGGUUUCAUAAUCACUGCUCCUUGAUCUUCUUGCCAAGAACAGGUGGAGGCUCCGAAGAAGGGGUCUCGCAAAUCGCUGUACGCGAAGGCCACAGACACCGGAAUUGAUCCCAAGGAAGCCGCCAAGCGGCUGAACAUCGACUGGGAUUCAGCGGCCGACAUCGAGUCCGAGGACGACGACACUGAAGAUGCGCCUGUACCCCCUGUUGUGGUACGAUCCACCUCCUCUCAACAGAGAUGAUCUGUCACCUCGGCAACUUCUCAGCCCAUUUCAUCCUGCUCGAUCCUUUGCAGGGCUAUGGGGCGCUCUACCUGGUGACGGCCCUGCCGGUCAUAAUCGGCGCGUCUGUCGUGCUCAUCCUGUUCUACAACUCUCUGCAGUGA